UCAAUUCCACAGCUCAAUUUCCACACUCCAAAAUCAAACCUUGCUUCUCCAAAUUCCAUGGCUGCCUCUACAAUGGCUCUCUCCUCCCCUUCUUUAGCCGGAAAGGCGGUGAAGACCUCCACCGCCUCCGAGGUUUUCGGCUCAGGCCGUGUCACAAUGAGGAAAGCCACUUCCAAGGCCCCAGUCUCUUCGAGCCCAUGGUAUGGUCCAGACCGUGUUAAGUAUUUGGGCCCAUUCUCUGGUGAGGCACCAAGCUAUCUAACCGGUGAAUUCCCAGGAGACUACGGGUGGGACACUGCUGGACUCUCAGCCGAUCCAGAGACCUUUGCCAAGAACCGUGAGCUCGAGGUUAUCCACAGCAGAUGGGCCAUGUUGGGUGCCCUCGGAUGUGUCUUCCCCGAGCUAUUGGCUCGUAAUGGUGUUAAAUUCGGUGAGGCUGUUUGGUUCAAGGCAGGAUCUCAAAUCUUUAGCGAGGGAGGACUUGACUAUUUGGGUAACCCGAGUUUGGUACACGCUCAAAGCAUCUUGGCCAUAUGGGCUACCCAAGUUGUUUUGAUGGGUGCUGUUGAGGGUUACCGCAUUGCUGGAGGGCCACUUGGGGAGGUGGUCGACCCAUUAUACCCUGGUGGUAGCUUUGACCCGUUGGGUCUUGCCGAAGACCCGGAGGCCUUCGCAGAGCUUAAGGUAAAGGAGCUCAAGAACGGUAGACUAGCCAUGUUCUCAAUGUUUGGAUUCUUUGUUCAGGCUAUUGUAACCGGAAAGGGACCAUUAGAGAAUCUUGCAGACCAUCUUGCUGAUCCGGUCAACAACAAUGCUUGGUCAUAUGCCACAAAUUUUGCACCUGGAAAAUAAACAUUUAUUAAAUUGAGAGAAAUAUGUAAAUUUGUCGCUAAAGCUAUGUGAAUUAUUGUCAAAUUUGUUACCGACGCUAAAAUACCGGCGCAUGCGUCGGUAAAUGUGUUAAUAAAAAGAGUUCUACCC